CUUUUUUUCUGGUUUUCUAGAGUUCCUUGCGUGAAACCGUGACGCGAAGAUCCUAGCGAGAGGAUCUCCGAUGGCUUGGGCCGUAAGGAUUCGUCGUGCUGCCGCUCCCGACCUUCCUUAUCGUGCUCGCGAAUUUUUCUCCGGCAAUUUUGCCGCUUCAGUCAGUGCGGAUAGCGACGAGACUGGUCUCUAUGGAUUUCAGGUCCUCAAGACAGCCAAGGGUUUUCGGAGGUUUGUGGAUGAGGCCAUCGAAAGUGCCGAUGAUCUCGUAUCCCGUAUUUCUCAGAUGCCACCCUCCGAAGAAGUCAUUAAGGCCAUGGAUGAUAUAUCUAAUACUGUAUGCUCAGUCAUUGACUCUGCGGAGCUCUGCAGGAACACGCAUCCGGAUAGGGAGUUUGUUGAGGAAGCUAACAAGGCAUCCAUGAGGAUUUCAGAGUAUUUGCAUUUUCUGAACACAAAUCAUACUUUAUACAAUGCCGUCUUAAUUGCUGAGCAAGUAGGAUCAAUACAAUCAGAAGAAGCUAGAAGGGCAGCCCAUAGCCUAAGAGUUGACUUUGAAAAGGGUGGCAUUCAUCUUCCUAGUGAUAAGUUGGAACGAGUUAACCAAUUAAACGCACAGAUUGCUCAGCUGAGUAGACAGUUCAAUGAAAAUAUCAUAUCUGAUCCAGGUCAUGUUGAUGUAUUUCCUGCUUCGUAUAUCCCAAAGAACAUGCAGCAUCAUUUCAAGCCCAUCUACCGGCAACUUCUUCCUGCAGAUAAUGAAUCACUGGGAUUAAGAGAAAAGAGAAAAGAGAAAGGAUUUCGCUUGGCAACAGACUCUUCCAAUUUAUCCUCUAUUUUGAAAUGGGUUUCGCAUGCUGAGGUACGGAAGCAAGCUUACAUAAGAGGAAACUCUGUCCCCUACGCCAAUCUUUUUGUAAUUGAUAAGCUUAUAUCAACUCGCCAUGAACUUGCUAAGAUAAUGGGGUAUAGAUCUUAUGCUGAAUUUGCAAUUCGUUCAAAUAUGGCUGCAUCACCUAAUGUUGUCAUGGAUUUUUUGCUCUCAUUAAGCAAUACGGUCAGGCAAAGGGCUGAUGCGGAGUUUAAGUUGGUACAGGAUUACAAGAGAACAGUAGAUAAUGAUGUACGUGCAGAUCUAGAGCCAUGGGAUGAGGCUUACUUCACAGGAAAGAUGAAAUCUUCAGCAUUUGAUUUAGAUUCUUCUGUUAUUGCGUCAUACUUUCCCACAUUCCAGUGCCUUGAGGGCUUGAAAUUGUUGGCUAAGUCAGUAUUUGGCGUGACACUCAGCCGCAUGUCAUUUUCCUUUGGUGAGUCCUGGCAUCCUGAUGUCAUGAAAUUCUUACUCCAUCAUCCUCAAGAGGGUGAUAUGGGGUUCCUGUAUUUAGAUCUUUACUCCAGGGAUGGUAAAUAUCCAGGUUGUGCGCAUUUUGCCGUCAGAGGUGGGCGUCGGUUAUCUGAUGCACAAUAUCAACUGCCUAUUGUUGCUUUGGUCUGCAAUUUCCCGAAUUCACAGGGAUCAUCAAUUUCAAAGCUUAAUCACUGGGAUGUUGAAACCCUCUUUCAUGAGUUUGGUCAUGCUCUUCAUUCCCUUCUUUCAAGAACGGAUUAUCAGCACUUCUCAGGCACCAGAGUGGUCCUUGACUUGGCUGAGACCCCGUCAAACCUUUUUGAGUACUACGCUUGGGAUUAUCGUGUUUUAAAAAUGUUUGGCAGACAUUAUUCAACUGGUGAAAUUAUUCCGGAAAAACUGGUUAAUAGUAUGAAUCACGCAAGGAACAUGUUUUCUGCUAUGGAACUGCAGCGCCAGAUAUUCUACUCAUUAGUCGACUUGACACUGUUUGGAGAACAGUCUGCUGAUCCAAUGGACACAAUCUCCAUUGUCGCCGAUUUGAAAAGGAAAUACACCAGUUGGAAACAUGUGGAGGAUGGCACACACUGGCACACUCGAUUCAGUCAUCUUGUAAAUUAUGGAGCCGGUUACUAUAGUUAUCUUUACGCAAAAUGCUUUGCGGCCACAAUCUGGGAGAAAGUUUGCCAAGAUGAUCCCUUGUCUCUUGCCACUGGAACAGCAAUCAGAACAAAGUUCUUACAAUACGGUGGAGCGAAGCAUCCAUCUGACUUAUUGAGGGAUUUGGCUGGUCACAGCAUUGUCAGAAACUAUAAUGAGGGGAUUGUACCGGAUACUAGCAGCCUCUGCAAAGAACUGAAUUUCUGAAAGAGACAGGUUCAUGAUUGGCUCCGUGAAGGCUUGAUUCUGAAGUCUCUCCAAGCAGUUGUGUGAAAUAGGAGCGUUAUUUACGCACGAAAUUCACAUGCACUUUUACGUGUGUACUCCCGUAAAUAACCUUCCAAUAACUCAGUUAUUGGGGUUAUUGAGAGGUUAUUGGAAUAUAACCUCUUAAUAAUCCCGCAAUAACCUACCAAUACAUUUUGCGGUUCUGUGCUCAUAUUUUUUGCUGUUUUUCGGAUGUUUUGUCACGUUAUUAGGGUGUUAACCCAAAAUACCUCCCGAAUAACCUCUAUACUCACGCAGAACUGCGUGCGUACUCUGUACAUAAUAUUUUUUGUGAAAUAGAUGUAGUGGAUUGCGGCUUUUCUUAACGAUGGUUAGAAUUUUGAAGCAACCAUCAUGUAUUUUGAUUUGAUGGUAGGAAUUGUACUCGGAAAGGCAUGCAUAUUUAGUGGAUUAAGAUUUGAUGUAGAAAAAUUAGUUUGACAUAUGGAAUCACUGCUGAAAAUAUUUUAGAUAUUUUA